AUGAAACCCUCCACCAGUGGCGAGAGUGACAGGACGCGAUUGGAACCGACUGAUGAGGAGGUGGCCAAACUACCGUCCCAGAAAUUCGAGGAUGAGGUGGUCGACUGGAAUGGCCCGGACGACCCCGAUAAUCCCCUCAACUGGUCAACCGCUAAAAGCUUCGGUCAUGUCGUUAUCGUCGCCGUCUUAUCGAUGGUUGUGAACAUCGCCUCAACAAUGGUCGCUCCCGCAAUGGAGGGCGUAGUCAGAGACUUGGAGAUCACCAGUAGAACGCUAGGAACCCUGGCAGUGAGUAUUUAUCUUCUGGGGUUCGCGCUGGGCCCCCUCUUCAUCUCGUCUCUCUCUGAGAUGUAUGGGCGGCUCAUCGUUUAUCACAUUUCUAACGCCGUGUUCGUCAUCUUCGUCGUGGCCUGCGCGUUGAGCCAUACGCCGGCUCAAUUCCUGGUCUUCCGAUUCAUCAAUGGCUGCGCGGGAGCGGCGCCCCUAGCCCUAGGCGGCGGGACCAUUGCGGAUGUCAUUCCGGUCGAGAAACGGGGUGCCGCUGCUGCGCUAUUUGGGCUAGGACCCCUUCUGGGACCGGUGCUGGGGCCGGUGAUUGGGGGCUUUAUAGCCGAAGGGAAAAGCUGGCGGUGGACCUUCUGGGUGGUCGCAAUCCUGGGAGGGGCAGCAUCGCUCGGGACACUCAUCUUCAUGCGCGAAACACAUCCGAACACGCUGCUAGAACGGAAGGCCGCCUACUUGCGACGCUCAACUGGGAACCCCCGCCUCCGAUCGAAACUCGAUCGCGGCCUGUCAAAUCAGCAGAUCAUCCUCACCUCCCUCGUCCGACCAACCAAACUCCUCCUAUUUUCCCCAAUCGUGUUAGUUAUGUCGAUCUAUGUGGCUCUCAUCUUUGGCCUCCUAUACCUGCUGUUUGCCACUUUCAGCAUGGUGUUUGAAGGCCAGUACGGCUUCAGCACGGGGAUCUCUGGUCUGGCCUAUCUAGGGCUGGGCAUUGGUGAGCUCGUCGGGCUAUUCACAUUCGGUAUCUUAAGCGACCGCAUUCUGAAGGCGAAGAUGGCUGCGGAGAAUGUGCAGGAACCCAAACCUGAGUAUCGCCUCGUCCUAAUGAUGUGGUUCCCUCCGGUUAUUGGGCCGGGCCUGUUUAUCUACGGCUGGACAGCGUACUACCAGGUGCAUUGGAUGGUUCCCAUCGUUGGGACAUUCAUCGUCGGCUUUGGCUCCUUCUUCGUGAUCAUGCCUUCACAGCUCUAUCUAGUGGACCUAUUUGGGUCGGAGGCGGCUGCGUCUGCGCUGGGGGCGAACAUUCUCCUGCGCUCACUGUUUGGAGCCUUCCUGCCGCUCGCUGGCUCGCACAUGUAUGCAACACUCAACUAUGGUUGGGGCAAUACCUUGUUGGGCUUCUUGGCGCUGGUCUUUGCACCUGUGCCUAUGUUGUUCUAUCGGUACGGGGAAUGGCUGCGUAGCCGAACGACCGUCCGGCUCUGA